CGCUGCUCAAGGCGCUACAGGUUCUCGCAUGGCAGAUCGCUAAAGCGGACAUUGUCUACCGAAAGGAUCUCAGCUCAGUGCAGACAGCCAGUGUUCAUCAAAUUGGAAGCAUGUGCAAUAUCUUGUUCGGUAGAUCCUCCAAGAGCGACUUGACCGCCUACCUCCUGCUCGACGGGAUAGAGCAAAUGGACAAACAACAUAUGAAGCAGUUCUUGCACGUCCUCGACGAAUGGCAAAGCAGCCCGCAGGGUUGGUCCAGAUUCACAUUGCGGAUUCUUUUGACAGGUCGGACAGAGAUCAUGCGCCGAGUCAAGGACCAGCUCGGAGAUGGAAUUUCGGUCAUCGACAUUGCAUCGAAAAAUCGUGAUGAUAUACUCAAAUUCAUCACCAGCCGAAUGAACAAGAUAGAUGUUCUCAGUGGCGCAACUGACCAGGUAAACUCUCUGCGUGAAGAAAUUCUCAACGGUCUCGCGAAGCGUACAGAUGGCGAUUUCAUCAACAUCGGACUACUCUUGGACGAAAUCAGCACCAAGCAGCGUCCCGGCGAGAUCAGAAACAUCAUUGCUCGCUCCGGAGAAAAUAGGUCCGAUACAAUCGCGCGCACAAUUGCGACUCUUAACGAUACUCUCAGCGACGAGGACAUCUCUGACUUGAUUGAGCUCCUUACUUGGGUCAUUUUUGCAUCACGUCCUCUCGGUGCCAAUGAGUUAGAAGCUGUUCUUUUCCUUAAGACCGGCGAAGCGUCUCUGCGGCCUUUGAUAGAGAAGUUGCGGGGUCCGUAUUCAUCACUCUUUCACAUUGCUGCCGCCAGAGUUCAUUUCGCGUCUGAAUCUAUCGCGGACUUUCUCCUCCAAUCCUCGACUCCAAACGACCCCAAUGAGACCCCGCGAGAUGCCGGCGAUGUCAGUGAAAGCGAGGUGCGAAUUGUCCGCCGGUUUCUAAAGUCGGUCUGCGACCCGGCCCUGUUCGCAAAAUUCGAAUUUGAUGAGUUUUUCCAACGAAAGCUCAAAGGAAAAACUGUCCGAAUUGCGGUGGAUUCAGAGUUGGCGCAUCUGAAGCUCGCAUCAGCAUGUCUGGAGGUUAUCUGCUCAUGUGACUCGCCAAAUCUCAAUCCAUUGCUUGAUUACGCAGUCCAGUUCUUUGGGAAACAUUUGGCGCUGGCGGAUCCGGCUUUAACGCUUCCUCGACACAAGAUUGCUUUGGGCCCGCUGCUGGUCAAGGUCUUUACGGACGAAGAGGUUAUAGACCGAUGGUGGAGUCACGACCUCUACAACCUACGGAUGCACUGGAUCUACCUGGACGACUAUGCAGAAGUUAUCAUGAAAUGGCUACAGGACUCCGCCGUGACCAAGAACAUUUCACAGGAGCAUAGACAAUGGAUUAAGAGUCUGAGUUCGAAGUCGCACCUUGAUGCAGACCUGCUCGAGCAUGUGGGCAAGGUCGUCGCUCAUAAAUGGCUUCAUGCCUACCCAUGGGAUAAAUGGGAUUUUGUGGGCUUUUUCAUGGUUAUACGGGGGUAUAUGACAAAGAUCAAGAAUCGCACAAACCCAAGCACUGCACGAGCACUUCAAGAUCCACAUCCGGACACAAUACCAGUUUCCGACAUUCUGGACGCCGCAGAAUGGGCGCAGGCUCAGAUUGGUCUAAGGGAACUGGGUUAUGAGGAGACCUACAACCUUGCACGAACUCUGCGGGAGUGGCAGAAGUAUCAGGAGGCCAUUGAGCAAUUCAAACACGCAUCAACGUUAGCAGAGGAAAAUUGGCUAUCGCAGUACGGCCUUGCGACAUGCUAUGCUAGCAACGGUAAUCUCAAAGUUGCCAUCGACAUAUUAGAGGCCACAAUGAAGAGAAUCAGGGACGGAGACUUCGGAAAUUUCAAAGUGACUGAUAUAUAUCUGCUGUCCAUGAGUGACGAACUGGCAAGAUGGUACAAGAGCAUCGGGCGAGACGAAGUUGCAUUGGCAAUAUAUCGGAAGCAGCUGAAUGCCGACCUCUCUGAUUAUCAGACUGCGUUUAACCUGAUACAGCUGCUGCACCAGCAGGCGAAGUACACGGACUUGGUGAAAUUCCUGCAGUCAUUGAAAAAUGCAAUCGAUCCGGACUCUGGACUUGAUCUGAGAACAAGGAAUGUUCAACGGCACUCACGGAAUCAAUUUUUUAAUGAAGCUCUCUUCGCACUAGCACAGGACGGUGCAGAGUUUAAUCUUGUUCUUGAGAGCUACGAGGAAGCCCUGGUUGCUGUGAGAAAUCAAAUGCUAGAGGCCCGAAAGGCUGACGAUAUUCUAGAGGAGAGACGCGCGCAACUCAACCUGGUAGAAAUCAUGAUGCUGAUUGCCACCCUACGCCAACGGGCCAGCUAUCGUGACCCAAUUCAUGAGAAGUGCGCCGUCGAUCAUUGGACGCACAUCAUGGAAAUGGAUGGCACUCACGACUGGUUUCUUUCAACAAAGCAAGCAUCUGUCCGCUCGGAAUUCGCACUCUUUUGUUUCGAGAAGGCCAUACGAUCUCCAGAUUUGGCGGCGGAGUAUGUCCAGCACCUUGAAAACAUAGUUUCUGAAGUUUCCCUCAGGAACGCAGACGACGUUUACUGGCUCAAACGCAGUCACCCAAGCUGCCUGCUCGCUCGGUACCACAGGCUGCAAGGAAACCACGGUAAAGCCAAGAGCAUCCUUCGGUUCUACGUCAAACUCAAUCUUGAUCUCUUGUCGGAUGACGAUCCACUGAAUGACUGGGAGGCAUAUUUUGGCCUAGCGGUACUUUCCAUGUUUGCGGGUGAUGAAGCAGACGCCCUGGCAGCAUGGUCCUUGAUCACGCCUAGUGGUGUCCCUGAAGCUGAAACACGGUUAGACAACACCAAGAAAAAUCAUCACGAACUUAAGGGCCCGAUGGUUUUUUCUUGCAAUGGUGACUGUGGCACAGAUUGGACGUUUGCCGACAAUUUUAACGUUUGCAAGACUUGCUUCGAUGUCCAGCUCGACCACAAAUGUUUGGACAAACUGCGUGCAGGAACCCUGGAAGUUAAGGUCUGUAACCCGGAACAUGAUAUGCUGCGUGUUCCUGCAUACGAUGCCUCUGAGCACAAGAGGAUGGGCAAAGGAAAUGUCAAAGUUGGUGAAGAUAUUUUGAAGGUGGAGGAAUGGCUUCGGCGGGUUCGCAGGGAUUGGGGACUCGAGGCUGCCUAAAUUGAUUUAUUCAAGGUCACUGAAUUUCUAUGCCUACCAAAGAAAUGUCAAGACAAA